AUGAGGAAUGGACGGUAUCUUCAUACAGCUUCUGUCUUGAACAAUGGAAAAGUUCUAGUUGCUGGCGGACGCGGAUAUGAUGAAAAUGGCUCUAUGGGAUUCUUGUAUAGCUCAGAAUUAUAUGAUCCAGCAACAGGAAUCUGGACAAAGAUGGAUAAUGUGAAUAUUAGACGGGAGGAACACACAGCCUCUGUCUUAGCCAAUGGAAAAGUUUUAGUAGCUGGUGGAUCCUUCAAUGAUGGAUACAGUUUUUGGGGACCCUUGAAUAGUUCAGAAUUAUAUGAUCCAGCAACAGGAGACUGGACGAAGACGGGUAAUAUGAAUCUCGCACGUAUUGGUCAAACAGCCUCUGUCUUGAUCAAUGGAAAAGUUUUAGUUGCUGGAGGAUCCGUAUAUGAUGGAUACUUGAAUAGUUCAGAAUUAUAUGAUUCAGCAACAGGAAUUUGGACAAAGACGGGUACUAUGAAUCUCGAACGUUAUGGCCACACAGCCUCUGUCUUGCCCAACGGAAAAGUUUUAGUAGCUGGUGGAUACGGCGGAUAUGAUGGAUACAGUUAUUGGAGAGACUUGAGUAGUUCAGAACUAUAUGAUCCAAUAACAGGAAUCUGGACGAAGACGGGUAAUAUGAAUCUCGGACGUUAUCAUCACACAGCCUCUGUCUUGGCCAACGGAAAAGUUUUAGUAGCUGGUGGAUCCUUCAAUGAUGGGUACGAUCAUUGGGGACCCUUAAAUAGUUCAGAAUUAUAUGAUCCAGCAACAGGAAACUGGACGAAGAUGGGUAAGAUGAAUCUCGCACGUUAUGGUCACACAGCCUCUGUCUUGACUAAUGGAAAAGUUUUAGUAGCUGGUGGAACCGUAUUUAAUGAACAGGGUUUUUGGGAAAUCUUGAACAGUGCGGAACUAUAUGAUCCAUCAACAGGACUUUGGACAAAGACGGAUAAUAUGACUGCUGGACGUUAUUAUCACAGAGCCUCUGUCUUGACUAGUGGAAAAGUCUUAGUUACUGGCGGGCUUCAUUCUUUCAGUAGUGUCGAGUUAUACCAAUGA